AUGUCUGGCGGCCGCAUUGUCGUGUACCUCUUGAGGCGAGACCUCCGAACUGCUGACAACCCCCUCUUCCAUUAUCUGUCCAGAACUGGCGGCAAACAUGGCUAUACCCACCUGUUGCCUGUGUAUGUCCUGCCUCCUGACCAAAUGGAACUUUCUGGCUUGGUCAAAGAUGGGGAGACAUUCCCCUAUUCUUAUUCGCUGUCCGAGGUCUCGAGAAUUUGGAAAUGUAGCCCUCACCGUGCCAGGUUCCUGGCCGAGUCGGUCUGGGAUCUGAAAUCCAAGCUGGAAGCCCUCGGAUCCGGCUUGAUUAUUCCGGCCGGCAGCUUCCCAGAUGUCUUGGAGAGCAUCGUCCAGCAUUACGCCGACCACAAUGAUGGCCCUCAAGUCGCGGCUGUGUGGCUCACCGAGGGCUUUCUUCCGGAGGAAGUCAUUGAACAGCAAGCGAUGGCUUCUUUCUGUGAGAAAGUCGGAGUUCGGUUCACUCCGUUUCGCGACCACAGGUGGUUUAUCGAUAAGUAUGUUGACCCAGCUGCGCCAUUGUAA